GCGGCCGGCGCAGUAGAGCCCGCGCGAUAGCAGCACGCGCACGCGCACGCAACCUAGUGGACCACUCUAGAGGUUGCAGUGAGCCGACGAUUCCGAGCCCGCGAUCAACUCGAAGUCUGAACUUUGCAGUCGAGUCGAACGCGUGCGUUACAUUUGAUUUCCGCGCACUAUUUUGGCGGAAUUUAGGUGUUAAAGCGCUAGCUGUUAUUUCCCGUUAUUCGGCAAAGCAAUCUUUGGAAUAAUUAAAAUGUUCCAAGGAGGCAUCUGGUCGAAGCUGCAGGGCUACUACAAGUGGUACGUGCUCGGGCUGGUCUCCGUGGGCUACAUCCUGGGCGAGCUGGGACACUACCUGAUCGGCACCACGUCGAAGGUGACGGCGGAGUACCUGCACUACGGGGACAAGGCCUGCAUGCUGAACGCGACACACCUGCACGUCGCCCAGCUGCCCCAAGUCUGCGAGAAGGUCAACUCCUCCGACAUAUGCGAGUCGCUGACGCUGAAUGGCACGCGGUACUGCGAGUGGGGCUACAGCGGGCUUGGGCUCGACUACCAGGUGCUGGCGGGGCCUGCCUUCAUGGCCGUCUUCACCGUCGUCGGCGUCAUCAUCGGGGUCAUCGCCGACAAGUUCAAUAGGGCGCGCAUCCUGUCGGGUUGCACAGCGGUCUUCGUGGUGGCCAUCUUGCUGAUGGGUAGCGUGACGGAGUACUGGCACCUGGUAGUACUGCGCAUGCUGAUGGCGGCGGGCGAGGCGGGCUGCAACCCCCUGGCCACCGGCAUCCUCACCGAUCUCUUCCCCGAGCAUCAGCGCGCACUCGUCCUCUCCAUCUUCAACUGGGGCAUCUACGGUGGCUACGGCAUCGCCUUCCCCGUCGGCCGCUACAUCCCCGACCUCAACGCUUGGGGACUGAGCUGGCGUGUGUGCUACUACGGUGCGGGCGUGGUGGGUGUCGUCAUCGCGGCCCUCACGGCGCUCACCCUGCGCGAGCCGGAGCGCACCACCAUCGGAGAGGAAGGUGCGGCACCCUCCAAGGGCAAGGACGCGGCGCUGGAGAGCGGCAAGAAGAUGCCGCAGGUGACGAUCUGGCAUGUGAUCGCGCAGCCGCGCGUGCUGCUGCUCUGCCUGGCCGCCUCCAUCCGGCACUGCGGUGGCAUGUGCUUCGCAUAUAACGCGGACCUGUACUACCGAGACUACUUCCCCGACGUCGACCUCGGCUGGUGGCUGUUUGCAGUCACCGUCGGCAUCGGCUCCGUCGGCGUCGUCGUCGGAGGCGUCGUCUCAGACAAGUUCGUGGCGCGCAUGGGCGUGCGGUCGCGCGUGUUGGUGCUGGCGCUGUCGCAGCUCAUCUCCACGCUGCCGGCCUUCGGCUCCGUCGUGUUCGGCCCGCUCUGGGCGAUGAUCACUCUCGCCUUCUCCUACUUCUUUGCCGAGAUGUGGUUCGGUAUCGUGUUCGCGAUCCUGGUGGAGAUCGUGCCGGUGUCGGUGCGCUCCACGACCGUGGGCGUGUUUCUCUUCGUCAUGAACAACGUUGGCGGCAACCUGCCCAUCCUCGUCGACCCCGUCUCCAAGGCCAUCGGCUACCGGGAGGCCAUCAUGAUCUUCUACGCCGGCUUCUACGGCAUCAGUAGCAUACUGUUCUUCCUGACGAUGUUCCUGAUGGACGGGCCGGCGCCGGCGGAGGAGCAGAGCGGCGCCGGGGGCGGAGCGCGGGGCGGCGCACGGGGCGGCGCGCAGGGCGCAGACAACCGCGCCUUCAGCCAGGACGAGAGCACGCUGCCCGCGCGCGGCGGCGGCGGCGGCGGCGGUAGGCUGCCUGUAGACAAUAGCAAGUUAUAAGCGGGUAGAACACAGAUUAUGUGAAGCUAUGACGGUACUGUUUUGAAGUCGAUGUGAAAAAUCGAUUCUUGCGAUAACUGUAGCAAUGUUUUCGAAAUUGUAUGUUUCUAUUUCUGAUGGCUACUGUUGUUACGCAUUAAUUUUGUUGAAUUUUUUUAUUGAAUUUAAUAUGUAUGAUCAUGGUAAAGAAGACAAUUGUUUUCCAACUGAUUUUUUCAUUCUUAACGAUAGUCUAAAAUCGAUAUUGAUAAUAAUGUAUCGAUUUUUAGAAUCGAGUUCUUUUCAUGAAAUUUAGCUUAAGAACGUUAUAAGCUGAAAUUUCACCGAACUAGAAUUGAUAAAUUCCUUCAUAAGGAUGCCACUAGCGCGGCGUGUGCCACUGGCGAGGCGUGUACCACUGGUACGGUGUAUGCCACUGGCGCAGCGAGUGCCGCGUACGCAAAAACCUGAAGGGCUGUUCCUGUUUGUAUAUUUAAGUGUUAGCAGUAAGACGUUGUAAUUUAAAAGUACAAUUAGAAGCUAGUUAAUGUUGUGUAUAUUUAUUGUAACUCAUUACACGAUGUGAAUAUUUUUUUAAAAAGAAUCAAAGACAACAAAGAAGUAAUAGAUCAAAAUUUAAUACAAGAUAUUAAACGUCUUUUCCGCAACAAUACUUACCGUGAAACUUAUGUACUACAAUAGUAAGUUGAACUUCAAAGUAGUUUAAGUGCAUUUGUGUAAGAAACUGAUGCAACAAAAGCAGUUAUAAAUGUGAUACUGAUGUUUUGUACAUAUUUAUAUUAGGCUAGUUCUUGUAAAUAAAUAAUUGAAUGUUCCAUA